UCAAGGGUCCUACUGUCUCGGCUGACUGACGCCACACAAAACACGUGUGUUAGGAGGACGCGCGUUAGUACUGGAUCAGCUCUGCGAUCUAUUUGCCUUUUUAUUGCAAACGUUUUUAAUUUAGGGUUUGUCAAGUGAAAAAAAAAGUCAACUCCGCUGUAAUGGGCGGAUUACAAAAGAAGAAGUAUGAGAGCGGAUCAGCAACUAACUAUGUCAGCAGGAAUAAAGCCCGCAAGAAGCUGAGUCUGAGUCUGGCUGAUUUCAGGCGGUUAUGCAUAUUAAAAGGAAUCUAUCCUCAUGAGCCCAAACACAAAAAAAAGGUCAACAAGGGCUCGACAGCGCCUAGAACCUUCUACCUGCUGAAAGACAUUCGUUUCCUCUUGCAUGAGCCUGUUGUUGGCAAGUUCAGAGAGUACAAGAUUAGUGCUGGGCGGUAUCCCACGUUCAUUGAUGCUCUCCGAGAUGUAGAUGAUGCCCUCUCUAUGUGUUUCCUGUUUUCUACGUUCGCUCGCACAGGAAAAUGCCACGUUCAGACAAUUCAGCUGUGCCGGAGACUCGGCGUUGAAUGGUUGAACUACAUUAUUGACUUACGGUCCCUGAGAAAGGUGUUUCUUUCCAUUAAGGGCAUUUACUACUAGGCAGAGGUCCUGGGACAAACCAUCACAUGGAUCGUACCAUAUCAGUUUGCCCAUGAUCACCCUACAGAUGUGGAUUACAGAGUUAUGGCCACAUUUACAGAACUCUACACAACGCUGCUUGGAUUUGUCAACUUCCGCCUUUACCAGACUCUCAACCUUGUCUACCCGCCCAAGCUUGAUGGACAAGGAGAGUUCAACCUCAAAUCAGAGUGUGAAGAAGAUUAUGCCCUGGAAUCAGAAAGCUAUUCUGAGAAACUGUCAGCGUUAAGUGCCAGUCUGGCCCGCACGGUUCCCUUAGUGGAGGACGAGGAGGCAGAGCCGGACCAUUUCCCUGCUGAAGGGGAAGACCUGGAGACAAUGGAGGCGAGAGAGAAGAUCGAGCUGGAGCAAAACAAACAGAAGAAGCUCUUCGAAGGGCUGAAGUUUUUCCUAAACAGAGAAGUUCCCAGGGAAUCGCUGGCUUUUCUCAUCAGGUGUUUCGGUGGACAGGUGUCCUGGGAUAAAUCACUGUGCAUCGGCAGCACAUAUGAUGAAACAGACGAAAUGAUCACACAUCACAUUGUGGACAGACCCACCAUCGACAAACAGUACAUCAACAGGUACUACAUCCAGCCCCAGUGGGUGUAUGACUGUGUAAAUGAGAAGAUUUUGUUACCUGUAGAGGAAUAUUUCCUGGGAGUUACACUGCCGCCCCAUCUGUCACCAUUCGUGGAGGAGAGUGAGGGAGAUUAUGUGCCGCCUGAGAAACUCAAACUCUUGGCCCUGCAGAGAGGAGAGAAGCCACAAACGGAAGAAGAGGAGGAGGGAGACGAGGAAGAGGAUGAUGAAGAUGACGAAGAGGAAGAUGAUCAAAGUGAGGAAGAAGAUGAGGCUGAAGAUGAAGCAAAUUUAGCUGAAAUGGAGGAGAAGAGAGCUCAGGGAAAGAGGCUGUCAGUAAAGGUGACCCCUGGUAAAGUCAAACAAGAGAACCGCAUGCGAACCGAACAAGAGGAGAAAGCAGAGGAGAAGAGGCUGGCCAUUAUGAUGAUGAAGAAGAAAGAGAAAUACCUCUAUGACAAGAUCAUGUUUGGCAAGAAGAGAAACGUCAGAGAGGCUAACAAGCUAGCAGCUAAGAGGAAAGCUCACGAUGACGCCAACAAAGCAGACAAGAAGCAGAAGAAGAAGAAAAAGUGCUGAUAUUUAUAUGUAAUAAAGUCUGCCAAGAGACUUUGAGAAGUGUUUCUUCUCUCAUUUCAACUCAUUGCAGCACUUAGUGGGGAUUGUACAUGAUUUACUGAGCACGAUGUGUCAUUUUAGUUUGCCCAAACUGGUUUUCAAUGACACUUUCCUGCAUUUCUUAUGUCUUUGCUUAUCAGUUUUGACUUUGACACAUUUAUAAUAAACAGAAGAUAAUGAUUAUCUUUAAUGACAUGAAGUUUUAUUUUUUUUUAUUCUGUGUGCAUGUUUCAAAUUUGUGAAAAUGUUAAUGUACUAAUUUGGAUAAAGGAUAGAAUUGCAAUUUUAAUAGAAUUGCAGUUGCGAUUAGAAUCAACUAGAAAAGAACGGAUGACAAAAAGCUGUCAUAUCAACAUUACAAAUAGCUGUAACUGCAUCAACAGGCUCUCAGUAUGUUACUACAUUGACUAUUUCCUUAAGCAGGUCAUAAAUUAUACAUUGUUU